CAUGAUUCUGACCACCACACUACAACAAGGCUUCUUGCAAGCCUCGCGACUUGAGCGCAACUCUCUUCUUCGUCGCAGCCACGAUCCCUUCGGCCGAUUGCUUCUGACGCGUCGCGACUAGGCUUCUUCUAGCGCUCAUCCAGCACCAUCCCGAGCAGUCAGAGCCAACCGCUCAGCAUGCCGGUGGCUUCACCCUCCUCCUCCCAAGGGUCUUCGCGAUCGCCUACCCCUGAGCGUCACACUCGCAAAAGAUCUCGCUCGCUAUCGGGCCGUUCGGACGAUCGGAGCAGGUCGCCAGAACGGAGGCGCAGGAGAAGAUCGUCUGCUUCGCUGUCUCCAGCCAGGAAUGGGUCUUUGAAAGCUGCCGCGGAUAAGAGCCUUCCGACGAAGCAGAUCUCCAAUGGAGAUGGCGAAGAUGUGGCCGCGGCCAAUCGACUGGAGGCGAAGGGAGCAGACUUGAGAACUCAGCUCGCUAAGCUUGCUCCCACCAGAGCAGGUGGUGCAUACAUCCCACCCGCUCGUCUCAAAGCAUUGAUGGCAGAAGCUGCUGCAGCUGACUCGGGCAGUGUAGAGUAUCAGAGGAUGAGCUGGGACGCGCUGAAGAAGAGCAUCACUGGUUUGGUGAACAAGGUGGCAGAGGACAACAUCAAGCAUAUCGUCCCAGAGCUGUUCGGUGGUGCAAACCUCAUCCGCGGCAGAGGACUAUUCUGCCGUUCCAUCAUGAAGGCACAGCAGCUGUCGCUCGUGUACACGCCCACGUUUGCUGCGCUAGCAGCGAUCGUCAAUACCAAGCUCCCGAUGAUCGGCGAACUUCUGGUAACUCGGCUUGUAUCUCAAUUCAGACGCUCUUUCAAGCGCAACGACAAGCCAGUAUGCUCAGCUACCGCUACUUUCCUGGCCCAACUCGUCAAUCAGCGAGUGGUUCAUGAGGUGCUAGCCUUGGAAAUACUCGUCUUGCUGCUUGAGAGACCCACCGACGAUAGCGUCGAGAUAGCUGUCACCUUCAUGCGCGAAGUGGGCGCCUUUCUCAUCGAGGAAAGCCCAAAGGCGACCAACAGCAUUUUCGAUCGCUUCAGAGCGGUAUUGUACGAGGGCGAUGUGGGAAAGAGAGUACAGUACAUGAUCGAGGUGCUGAGUCAAGUCAGGCGCGAUCGAUUCAAGGACAACCCUCGAGUCCCAGAAGCGCUUGACUUGGUCGAGGAAGACGAUCAGAUCACUCAUAGAACGAGUCUAGAGGACGAGCUGAACGUGCAAGAGGUUCUGAACAUUUUCAAACCCGACCCAGACUUUGUCAGCAACGAGCAAGCCUACCAAGAGAUCAAAGCGGAAAUUUUGGGCGAGAAUUCUGAUAGCGAAGGUUCUGAUGAUUCCGACUCCGAGAGCGAAGGGGGCAGAGAUGGAGAAGAUGGCCGGGCAGACAUGGAGGCUCUCGAGAUCCAGGAUCAGACUGCGACCAAUCUGACAAACCUCAGGAGGACCAUCUACUUGACCAUCAUGAGCUCGGCCAGCUUUCAGGAAGCCGUACACAAGCUUCUCAAGCUGCAGCUGCCAGAAGGCCAAGAGAGCGAACUUUGCAAUAUGAUCAUCGAAUGUUGCUCUCAGGAAAGGACUUACAACAAAUUUUACGGUCACAUAGGCGAGCGGUUGUCAAAGCUGAACAGAGUGUGGAGCGGAUGCUUUGAGCAGUGCUUCAAGACCUACUUCGACUCCAUACAUCGCUAUGAGACUAAUCCGCUGCGCAACAUCGCUCGCUUCUUCGGCCACCUGCUCGCGUCAGAUGGCAUUAGCUGGGCUAGUUUCGAGAUCGUGCAUAUGAACGAAGACGACACGACUAGCAGUAGCCGCAUCUUCAUCAAGAUUCUGUUUCAGGAGAUGAUCGAGAAGCUUGGUCAGAAGAAGUUGGUCGAGAGGUUCAAACAUCCCGAUAUGCAGCUUUACUUCACGAAUAUAUUCCCGCGAGACAACCCGAAGAACACCAGAUUCAGCAUCAACUACUUUACGGCUAUCGGUCUCGGUCCCCUGACGGAAGACAUGAGGGCAUACCUGAAGGACGUGCCUCGACUGCUAGCGGAGCAAGCAGCCGCAGCAAAAGCUGCUCGUGGAGCUGCUGGCUCAGACGACUCUAGCUCGGACUCGGACCCGGACUCGGAUUCUUCAAGCGUAUUGAGCUCAAGCAGCGACGAUUCGUCAAGCAUCAGCAGCAGUUCUCGAUCUCGAUCCCCACCCAGCAGGAGGAGACGCCGGUCCAGCACGCCACCAAGGAGGCGAAGGUCGCCAUCUUAUUCGUCCGACGACUCGAGAGCCCCGCGACGCAGCUACAAACGUAGAUCGCCUUCCUACUCCUCGGCCGACUCUCGCGCUCCGCCACGUCGACGUGACGCCUACAGCCCUGCCAGGAGUCCGCGUCGGAGAUCAAGCUACUCGCCUCUCCCUCCGCCUCGUCGACGCGACAGCUAUUCUCGAUCGCCUUCGCCACCGCAAGGCUCUCGUCGCCGCGACAGCUAUUCGACCUCCCCACGACCUGCUACGCGUCGCCGCGACAGCUAUUCUGCUUCUCCUCCUCCGCCCUCUCGAUCUCGCCGCCGCGACAGCUACUCUCGCUCUCCCCCUCAGAGAGAUCGAUACAGAGAUCAGAGGCGCCGCGAUGAUUAUUCCGCCUCGCCUCCUCGAUCGCGCACCUACAGAGAUUGAGAAGGAUCUAGAAGGACAUCCGAACGAGGCUGGGCACGAUGUUCGUGCUCAUUCCGUGACCAAACAAUCGUGCUGCGCAGAUUACUUUGGACGAUGUGCAGAAACCGAUGAUGCAUUGUGUCUAAUGGAAGAAAACCUUGCCUUUUAUUCCACCUCCUCCGAGCCCGCAUCGUGCUGUUGCUGCCGCGCUUUGCUAGCUUCUAUCAUCUGAGAUCGUUUGUUGGCUAUCCUUCGACCUUGAGAGCUUCCAGCGGCGCUCUUGACUGCUUGUCUAUCCACAGGUCGCUUGUUGAUCUGCUUGCGCUGGUUUUGAGAAGGCUUCUUGAGCUUCAACAUCCACUCUGGCACUUC